UAAACUAAAAAAUUAUAUAGUGAAAAAUGUGGCCAAUAGUUGAAAUAGUUUUGUAGAGUUAUUUUUGUGUAAUUAAAUUCAAAAUCUGCUGCGGCAGUAAAAACAUCGAUAACAACAUCGAUAGACGGCGUACGUAAAGAACUUCAAUCGCGCUACAGCUGUGCUCUGACAAUCUUGCUGAAAGUUUUUCUAUCAAGCCGCAGCCGCCGACGCAAAUAGAAGCAGGAAAACGGACAGAAAGAAAGAAGCUAAAACUUUUGUAUUUUUUUAAACCAUACAAACAAAGCCAAAUAUGACUGAUAUGCGCAAUGAGAUGGACAGCGAUCUGGAUCAGAAUUACUCGCUGAACAGCAAUGCGGAUCCCAAGAAUAUGCAGGAGCUGACAAUCUAUAACGUACAGGAUAAAUUCCAGACGAUGUCGGAUCAAAUCAUCACGCGCAUCGAUGAUAUGGGCAAUCGCAUCGAUGACCUGGAGAAGAGCAUUGCGGAUCUGAUGAAUCAGGCGGGCGUCGAGGGAACGGCCCCUGAGAAAUAAUAAGUGCCUGAGAUAUCUAGUGCCAGUGCCACGCCCAUAAUCAUGGCAAAUAUAUUGCAUUCAAAGCACAUAAAGCAUAUACAUCGAACAUACAUACACGCACACACACUCAUGCACACACACACACACGUAUACUCACAUUUAUAACAAUUCCAGCAUUCACAUCCCAUGCACCGCAUGCAAUUGCUCUCAAACUGUAAACACACAAAAAUCAAAAACCAAAUUUUGCUCAUUUCGUUUUUUGCAUAGUUUUAAGUUGUCAAAAUUAAGUUAAGUACAUUUUUUGAAAGUUCA